AUGAGUUCAACCGACGAGAAUUCGGUGCCCCUGUACCCGCCCAAACCGGCGCCCGCGUUGCAUAUCCCGCCGGGAGCAGCGGCCAAAGUGCAAAUCAUCGACACAACAUCUCGGCUGGACGUACUCGUGCAGGUGUUCGUGGGUCCCGCACAGUAUGGGCAUGAGAUCCUCAGAGUGCCGUCUUUCUCGUUCCUCGUCGAGCAUAUAUCCUCGAGCCGCAAGAUGCUCUUUGACCUCGGGUGCAGGAAGGACUGGCAGCAACUCCCGCCUCCGGUGUUGGCGCUCGUGACACAACCCGGCUGGAAGAUCGAGGUCGAGAAGGACUCGGUGGCUCAGAUCCUGCAGGAGGCUGGCGUCGAUGUGGCCGGCGGUGCCGUCGAAGCUAUCAUCUGGAGCCAUUGGCACUACGACCACACCGGCGACCCGAGCACGUUUCCCGGCAGCACCGCGUUGAUCGUAGGUCCAGGCGUCAAGGAGGCAUUCCUCCCAGCGUACCCUGAGAACGAACAGUCGCCGCUCCUGGCCACGGACUUUGCGGGUCGCGAGCUGAAAGUCAUCGACUUUGAGAAGCAAGAAACGCUCCAGAUCGGCCGUUUCCAUGCCAUCGACUACUUCGGCGACGGAUCCUUCUAUCUCCUCGACGCACCCGGCCACGCCGUCGGGCACAUGUGCGGACUCGCGCGCGUGACGUCGACGCAGGACGGCGACGCCGAAGACACCUUCGUGCUAAUGGGGGGCGAUACGGCGCACCACGGCGCCGAGCUCCGGCCAACCGCAUACCUCCCGCUGCCCAAGACGGUCAGCCCGUCGCCGUACGCGGCCAAGUACCCGGGGGCGCAAGAGAUCGUCGACAUGGUGCAGGAAUUCGACGCCGCGGACGACGUCUUCGUCGUCGUCGCCCACGACGCCAGCCUGUUGGACCCCCGCGUCGGCGUCGACUGGUUCCCGGAUGGCACGCUGCGCCACUGGAAGCAGAAGGACUGUGCGCGCAAGGCGCGCUGGCGCUUCCUCGAGGACUUGACCCCGGCCGUCGAGCACGCCGAAGAAUACAGCUGA